AUGAACUAUAUUUCAGCUGGAAACAUUGUAACCGAGGGUACGUCAACAAGCCAGUUCACGACUACGCCUACCACGUUGCCAACGUCUCCGUCUAGUACAACAGUGUCGACGACGACUACCAGCACAACGACACUAACUACACCGACUAGCAUAGCGUCUAAACCUCCAACCGGUUUAACAAAUAAACCCCCGACGGGAUCAAGCGGCACACCUUCAACCGGUUCAACAAGUAAACCUCCAACCGGUUUAACAAAUAAACCUCCAACGGGAUCAAGCAGCAAACCUACAACAGGUUCAACAAAUAAACCUCCAACCGGUUUAACAAAUACACCUCCAACCGGUUUAACAAACAAACCCCCGACGGAAUCAAGCAGCAUACCUACAACCGGUUCAACAAAUAAACCUCCAACCGGUUUAACAAAUAAACCCCCGACGGGAUCAAGCGGGAUAUCUACAACCGGUUCAACAAAUAAACCUCCAACCGGUUUAACAAAUAAACCCCCGACGGGAUCAAGUGGCAUAUCUACAACCGGUUCAACAAAUAAACCUCCAACCGGUUUAACAAAUAAACCCCCGACGGGAUCAAGCGGCACACCUACAACCGGUUCAACAAGUAAACCUCCAACCGGUUCAACAAAGAAACCUCCAACCGGUUUAACAAAUAAACCCCCGACGGGAUCAAGCGGCACACCUUCAACCGGUUCAACAAGUAAACCUCCAACCGGUUUAACAAAUAAACCUCCAACGGGAUCAAGCAGCAAACCUACAACAGGUUCAACAAAUAAACCUCCAACCGGUUUAACAAAUACACCUCCAACCGGUUUAACAAACAAACCCCCGACGGAAUCAAGCAGCAUACCUACAACCGGUUCAACAAAUAAACCUCCAACCGGUUUAACAAAUAAACCCCCGACGGGAACAAGCGGCACACCUACAACCGGUUCAACAAAUAAACCUCCAACCGGUUUAACAAAUAAACCCCCGACGGGAUCAAGCGGCAUAUCUACAACCGGUUCAACAAAUAAACCUCCAACCGGUUUAACAAAUAAACUUCCAACCGGUUUAACAAAUAAACCCCCGACGGGAACAAGCAGCACACAUACAACCGGUUCAACAAAUAAGCUCCCAUCCGGUUCAACAAAUAAACCUCCAACCGGUUUAACAAAUAAACCCCCGACGGGAACAAGCAGCACACAUAUAACCGGUUCAACAAAUAAGCCUCCAACCGGUUCAACAAAUAAACCUCCAACUGGUUUAACAAAUAAACCCCCGACGGGAUCAAGCGGCACACCUACAAGAGGUUCAACAAAUAAACCUCCAACCGGUUCAACAAAUAAACCUCCAACCGGUUUAACAAAUAAACCCGUGACGGGAUCAAGCGGCAUAUCUACAACCCGUUCAACAAAUAAGCCUCCAACCGGUUUAACAAGUAAACCCCCGACAGGAUCAAGCAGCAUAUCUACAACCGGUUCAACAAAUAAACCUCCAACCGGUUUAACAAGUAAACCCCCGACGGGAUCAAGCAGCACACCUACAACCGGUUCAACAAAUAAACCUCCAACCGGUUUAACAAAUAAACCCCUGACGGGAUCAAGCAGCAAAUCUACAACCGGUUCAACAAAUAAACCUCCGACCGGUUUAACAAAUAAACCCCCGACGGGAUCAGGCAACACACCUACAGCCGGUUCAACAAAUAAACCUCCAACCGGUUUAACAAAUAAAUUUACAACCGUUUUAACAAAUAUACCUCCAACGGGAUCCAGCAGCACACUUACAACCGGUUCAACAUAUAAGCCUCCGAGAGGUUCAACAAAUAAACUUCCAACGGGAUCAAGCAACACACCUAUAACCAGUUCAACAAAUAAACCUCCAACAAGAUCAAGUAGCACACUUACAACCGGUUCAACAAAUAAACCUUCAACUGGAUCAAGCAAGACAAAUCCACCUGGUUCAACAAAUACACCUUCAACGGGAUCAAGCAGCAAACCUUCAACCGGUUCAACAAAUAAACCUCUAACCGGUUUAACAAACAAACCUCCAACAGGAUCAAACAGCUCACCUCCAACCGGCUUAACAAAUAAACCUAUUGCCGGUUCAACAAAUAAACCCCUAACAGGGUCAAGCAGUAAACCUCGAACCGGUUCAACAAAUAAACCCCCAACUGGAUCCAGCAGCAAACCUUCAACCGAUUUAACAAAUAAACCUCCAUCGUCAUUAUCAUCGAGCAGCAAACCUUCAACCGGUUCACCAAAUAAACCUACAACCGGAUCAAGUAGUAAAUCUUCAACCGAUUCUAACAGCAAACCUCCAACAGGGUCAAACAGUAAACCUACAACUGAAUCGGUUAGCAAAACCCCAGCGAUAUCAAACACCACCAACCCCGCUAAUACAACCAAUACAAGGACAGGAGCUGUCUAUGCAGCUGCAGACGUGGGGCUUCUUCUGUGGCUGUUACCGCUGAUCGUGCUGUUGCUGCUGUUACUCUACUUCUGUCUCUGGUGCCUGUGGUGUUAUGCCAAAAGAAAACGAGCGAAAGUGAUACCCACAGCCGUAACGAGCUCUUCCCCGAUUUGGUAUGUUGGUGCAUCUCCUGAUACUGACGUAACCACGAAGCGCGGGGGCGUCAUAAUCAGCACCCUGAACGGCCCUUACUUCGCCUACGACGAACACCAGGAUUACAUAGACGUGACGACAGUGCACGAUGGGCGCAGAGGGAAAAGGAAGAAGCGUAAGACACGGAAAGGAUCAGAGAAGGCGAAAUCGGAUGAGUUUGAGAGAGAGUGGUACCGGUACAAAACCUCAGCGCACUACGUCACGAUGAAACCGCUGGAGACAAAUGAUUAUGUUAAGAAUGAAACCGAUGGAAAAGCGAAGGUUAAAACAGAGUUGCAAAAUGGACAUGUGUGAGUUAGGAGAUUGUUGCAGGACUUAAAGUUUUUUUACAAUUUCAAUUUGUUUCCCUUUGGAAGCCAUUUGCUAUAACAAAUAUAAAAUGUUUGCAGGCAGUAGAAAACGGGACGUAUGUUUAUACUGUAUUGUACGGUGACACAAUUUUCCUCUCUUUGGAAACCGUCUGCUAUUGUACUAUAAAAAAUGGAA